AUGGCUUCCUCAGUCAUAUAUUCCCUGCAAGAGUCUUUCAAUAUUCUAAAGGAGAAAUACACAAAGGAGACUAAGAAAAGAACGAAGCUGGUUGAUCUUUUUAUUUCUUUCAACUUAAUUUUGGCAACAAUUCAGUAUGUUUAUAUCCUUUUUUGUGAGGAUUUAUAUUAUAAUAAAUUAAUUUUAUAAUAUAUUUUGCAAAGCAUAGCCUAAUUUGCCAUUAAAAAUAGGAUUUUAUUUAUUAUUGAUACAUUACAGCUUAAAAUUAUAUAGUAUAAAUGCUUUUGAAUUAAAUAGAAAAUGCUAAAUUUUCUAUAGGAAUAAAAUAUGUUAUUUAUAUAGAAGAUCUGAGAGCCAAUAAAAAAAAUAUGAAAAUUGCUGGAAGCUUUCCAUUCAAUGCAUUUCUAUCAGCAUUUUUUUGUAGCAUUGGAACAGCAGUAUUAACAGUGUGCCUGAGGAUGCAAGUAGAGAAUAAAAGUUCAGGGAAAACUGAAGAAAGAGCUUAUGUGGAGUAUAUGUUCUGUUGCCUUAUAUUAUAUUUGGUCUCAUUUAAUUAUUUAGGCUAA